AUGGCUAGCACAACUCUGCGGGUGCUAACGCUGCAGUCUCUGCAAGCAGCCGGAUCGCAGCUCAGUAUACGUUACAGCUAUGGAAAACACCGAUUUUCUCUCUCCUACUGGUACGACUUCGACCUCGAGCCUUUGGACGGAAUUUACGGGAGUGAUUUUAUGGAGAAAGUUUAUACUCACUGCGCCGCAUUCUCCAUUUUUCAUCUGUGCAGUUUGAAACCCGACCUAUUAGACUGGGGACCAUACUCUCGUUGGCAUACUGCCGAAUUUGAGCGCGUGUGGAACAGCACGUGGAGUGGAUUGUCAGGACAAUGGCGCUACGAGAACGACUUACCGGAUAUAAGCGCACCGGCGUUUAUUUCAAAGCCGUCAUCUGCUACUAAUACGAUUACAAUUGAGUCGCAAAGCCCCCCUACUACACUAGCUUUCUUUGGAGGAGGAAAAGAUAGUCUCGCCAUGUACGAACUACUCUCCAGGACCGGUAUACCAUUCUCCUGCGUAUCGUAUUCCCACUCUGUGUACGGUCGCUCCGUUGUGCAGCACCGAUUGUGCGACAAGGUACUAAAGUUGCUAAAUUCCGAAUCUUGCAAACAUCACCACAAGCUGUGUAUAAUGGAGGAUUUUCUCGAUAGCCCCGUUUUAGAGAGUAUUGGUAAACGAGUGGGUAUAGAGUCGUUCAUGGAGGGUGAAACACCAGCGAGUUUGUUCUCUUCGCUACCCAUCGUGCUUUACUAUCGCUACACAAGCAUAGCCAUCGGGAACGAACGCAGUUCCAACACAGGUAACCUGGUGUGGGAGCACACCGGUGAGGAUAUCAACCACCAGUGGGGAAAGUCGAGGGAAGCGGAAAUCCUCUUCAGUGAGUACAUACAGCGGGCCCUUAUCAGCAAUGCUCCCUACUUUAGCGUGUUGCAGCCACUCUACGACGCAGUAAUCUUCAGCGUGGCUGCGAGCCGCCUCGAAGCUGCGAUCUUUACUCACUCCUGCAAUUUCGUAAAGCCCUGGUGCAAGCGUUGUCCAAAGUGUUGCUAUGUUUGGCUCAUGUUCAUGACUUUCUUCCCGUGCAACGUUGUCGAUGAAAUGUUCCAAGGAGCAAAUCUGCUUGACAUUCCGCAAAACGAGAUACAUUUUGUGCAGAUGCUUGGGCUUGGUUCAAACAAGCCUUUUGAAUGUGUCGGAGAUAUUGACGAGGCGAAACUUGGCUUUGAAUUAUGUCGAAGAAAAGGGCUACAGGGCAAAGCGAUGGACAUAUACAAGGAAAAGCUUCUUCAGGCAAUGGACGAGAAAGCUUUGGCUAAUUUAUUUAGCAAGUACACUACGGUGUAUACUUCCGACCCGAGCAACGCCCCACCUGCAGUAUGGGACCGCCUGUUCCCAAUACUAAAGCAAGCAGCAGUUGAUGCAAGAAAACGAAUUGAAGCUGAACUGAGUCGUAUUUAUUAA